UUUAUCUGAACAGGCAUACGGCGAUGGAACUACUUUGCAGCUGAACAACUGCUCGUCUACGAUAUCGCAGACUAUCGCAGGUGUGAAAAUGUUGGCAGGUUUCAUAAAAGCAACAACAUCAUGAUUAUUGUGGAUCUUAAAGAGGAAGUUUGGUACCAAAAGUGUCACGAUCCAGACUGCAAGAACUUCAGAUCCUCAAGUCACCCACUGCCGCCAGAGAUCUGCAUGAGCUACAUCAUGACACUGGAUGAAGAGGACCAGGUGUACCUAAUGGAUGAAGCCGGCAACAUUGAACUCAGUCAGACACCAAAACAGCCCUCAGAAAGUGAAGUGGCUCCAGAGGUCUGUGCUGAUGUCUGGGCAGACAGAGAGGACGAUCAGGUCUACUUAGAGAGUCUGGACAGCUUUGAAGGAGACAACUGUGAGAUCUCAGAUCAGCUUCUCCUCAAAUCUAUGGAAGAUUUUGAUAACCAGUAGAGCCUGCUGGUUCUUUGGCAGUAAUGUAGACAGUAGUCAUAAAAUAAUAUAAAUAACAAAACAAGAUGUUUGCUCUCUCACAGUAAAACUGCUCCAAGUGAUUAAGGGAACACGGUGCUCCUCUAAUUAUUUUGAGGAGUUUGUAUUGAGCACUUAACGUGAUGUUUAUGGACAUGAUAGUUAUUUUGUACAACUUUUUGCAGCUUACAGCAAAUCUAGAUGUUCUGAGAAGACCUAUUAUUGUUACAGUUUGUAAUAUUCACAAACUUCACGUCUUUCUGAAUGGAAUCAGUCAGUUUCACAAAAAGUUUUUUGCAGACUGACUCAGUUGUGACAUCCUCAGGUUUGCACAGCAGUAACAGGAAGUGUUGAUAGCAUGGUGUCGCUGACGUGUAAAUACAUGUGGUCUGAGGUCAUGUGGUCAGCGUGUCACGCUGUCCGUAUCGUAUCGACUGCACAACCUAUAAACAGCGAACACACAGAUUGUUUGUUCAACCUGCCACUGACAUUCCAACAAGCUGUUAUUUUUUGUUGCAUGUAACCUGACUGCUGAAAUUUUUUUUCCCCCAGUAUACAAGCUGGUGUUUAAUGUGAACUCUUUUUUUUUAAACAUAAAAUUUAGAUAUUGAAGGAACGUCUUUAAGAAAAAAAGCACCUUACCCAAAGCAUUUGCAUAUUUUUAUUGUUAGAUGUUUCACUCAGUGCACUUAAUGAAAUAAUAGAUGAUUUUCUAGCAAGAUGUGUUUUCCUUUAAAAAUUAAAAUCACUGUAUUG